GGAGAAAUGGGAGAGAUAAAGAGAGAAGGGAAGGCCGUGAGCCACAACGAAGAAAUACAGGCCAUAUAACUAAUUUUAAAAUACUCUUAUUUCCCUUUUCUGUAUUAUUUUAGCCCUACUCUAUCUUGUUUUGAUCUCAUCGCUUUGUUCUAGUCCUCCAUCAGCGCUAAGCAUUUCAAGAUAUCAACUAUGUUUGGUGGUGACAACAGUAACCUUGUAUUCCCUGUUCUCCUUGGGCCAUCUGAGGAGAAUCAAUUUCAGUAUGAUUCCAAUGCGAUGACUCAACUUCAGCUCUUUGGAAACUUUCCAGUCGACUGCAAUGUGGAUCAAGUUAAUUAUGGUGGGAAUGAUCAUGCAUCAGCAUAUAAUCGGCCAAACAAAAGGGGGAGGGAGUCAGAUGCUAUUACGAGGCCACAGAAGCUUCACAUGUCCUUGAAUAAUUACCAUCAAGAUCAGGCAGAUCACUCAUCAAACAAUCCCAAUUCUAAUGCCGUAUCAACUGGUUUGAGAUUAUCUUAUGAUGAUGAGGAACCAAAUUCUUCAGUUUCUUCUGCAAGUGGCAGCAUGCAUGCUCUCCCUCUUAUUGCAUCUAUUGGUGAUAGUUUAAAGGCUGAGAUCAAUAGGCAGAGAGAUGAAUUUGAGCAUUACAUUCGAAUUCAAGAGGAAAACAUUACCAAAGGUGUAAGAGAAUUGAAGCAAAAACACUUGUCAUCUUUACUUAGUGCUGUUGAAAAAGGAAUCGGCAGAAAGUUACAAGAAAAAGAACUCGAAAUCGAGAAUAUGAACCGAAAGAACAAGGAAUUGGUAGAAAGGAUAAGACAUGUAGCUUCCGAGGCCCAACACUGGCACAGCAGAGCAAGGUAUAACGAAGCAAUGGUAAAUACCUUGAAGAAUAACCUCGAACAAGCCAUUGCUCAAGGUAAAGACCAGUGCAGAGAAGGCUGCGGAGAUAGUGAAGUGGACGACUUGGCGUCAUCUUGUGACCAAAAUGCUCCACUAGGUAUUCAAACCAGAACCCUCUUAGAAAACAGAGAAUUGAAGGGUCAGAGAACAUGCAGGGUUUGCAAAAAUAAGGAGGUUUCCAUGUUACUCUUGCCAUGUAGGCAUUUGUGCCUGUGUAAGGAUUGUGAGGGUUUUCUUGACGUUUGUCCAGUUUGCCGGACCCUGAAGACUGCGAGUGUUCAGGUCUUUAUGUCCUAAACAUACACAAAUGGAAUACACACAGGCUCCCUUUAUUUGCCAAGACUCCCUUCUACCAUGGACUUUUGGGUUGCAGAAAAUUAACGUAUAAAUGAAGCAACUUGUUAUUCAUGUCAUCCUUUAUGAAUGGUUUGUUUUCGAUUCUUUUGCC